GACCAGUUGGCCCUGGGCAUCGUCAUAAAAGCUCUGACCUUUUUCUUAGCUGAAUCUAAAGAGCUCAGCGUGAGCUACUGGAGAAACAGUUAGGGUAUUAUGUGGUUUCACAGAUGUGCUUUAUGCAGAUCUCUGGGUUCUAAGCUUAAAAGUUUGGUAGAAGCACAUCUGUCCAAUCAUAUUCUAAUGCUUUAGGAUACGUUCAUUUUCAUAUGUGAACAAAGAAGAGUUUAUUGAACCUGUUCCCCUCUCCAGCAGAGCACAACAAAAAGCUAGUGUCAUGCUGAUGAAAGAGUGUACAUCGGUCAGACAGAAUGGCUCCAGUGAACCAGCCAAAGGACAAGAAGCAUGAGAGGGCUCAUGAGCAUUGGCCGGAAGAGGCAAAAUCAGCUGGGAAGAGGAAACCGGACUACGAGGAACUAGGGAAUGAGCCACAAGCAAAGAGGUUGUUUGUGAGAAAAACAUCCAAACCCCCAGAGAAAAUCGGUUGGAGUGGAGGUGGGUCCAUGGUGAGAAACAACAGAGUCCUUUUCCAUCAGUUGGAGCGGCAGUGCAGCAUUGUUCAUUAUGUCUAUCAGAACAUGCUGGGAGGCUCCAUUCGGGCACAGCUCAGGCAGUGUCUGCAGCUGCCCUUUCUGCGUUCUCUUGCCUCAUACCGCCUCUUUCGAACAGCAAGUCCCUUUGACAGAAGAGUGACAUGCCUGGAAUGGCAUCCAACACACCCCAGUACUGUAGCUGUUGGUUCCAAAGGUGGAGACAUCAUCCUUUGGGACUAUGAAGUACUUACUAAAACCUGCUUCAUAAAAGGGAAAGGGCCAGGAGAUUCUCUCGGAGACAUCAAGUUCAGUCCUUAUGAGUCAGUGAAGCUUUAUGUGGCAUCAGGGGAUGGCACCCUGAGUCUGCAGGACCUUGAGGGCAGAGCGGUGCAGGUGAUCUCCCGUGCCCCGGACUGUGGCCAUGAGUACCAUAAUGUUUGUUGCUGGUACUGCAGUGUUGAUGUUUCUGCAAGCUGCCGAGCAGUGGUGACGGGUGAUAAUGUGGGCAACGUGGUCCUGCUCAGCACUUCUGGUGAAGAGAUUUGGAAGCUGAAAUUGCACAGGAAGAAAGUGACUCAUGUGGAGUUUAACUCCCGAUGUGAGUGGUUGUUGGCCACAGCGUCUGUGGAUCAGACAGUCAAAAUCUGGGACCUCAGAAACAUCAAAAACAAAAUGAAUUUUCUUCAUGUGCUUCCUCAUGACAAACCUGUCAAUGCAGCUUACUUCAGCCCAACAGAUGGUGCCAAGCUCCUGAGCACAGACCAGCGCAGUGAAAUCAGGGUUUACUCAUCUUCAGACUGGACCAAGCCACAGCAUCUGAUCCCACAUCCACAUCGGCAGUUUCAGCACCUCACACCUAUUAAGGCAACAUGGCAUCCUCGCUAUGACCUCAUUGUAGCAGGUCGCUACCCAGACCCUAAGUUCCCGGGGUACACGGUGAACGAGCUACGAACUGUUGAUGUAUUCGAUGGAAACACCGGGGAGAUGGUUUGUCAACUCCAUGAUCCAAAUGCUUCUGGUAUCAUCUCGCUCAACAAAUUUAACCCUAUGGGAGACACACUGGCUUCUGGCAUGGGCUUUAAUAUUCUGAUCUGGAGCCGGGAGGAGAUGGUGGCCAAGAAGCAAGAACAUCUUUUGAAAGCCAUGACAGAACAGGGGAUUGGAAGCUGGAGUUUGUCCAGACAUGGAGGGCAGAGGCAGGCAAACCCUGGGACAAGUAAACUCAAAGCUAACUUACUGUCUUGGGAGCUGGAGGAGAUGAGAACAAAAAGCAACGAUUCUAAAUCACAGGGAAGGAAGCGAAAAGGGAAGGAUCUAGAGAACUGAUGUAGUAUUUUGAUCCUUUCUGGAUCACAGGGUACAAAUUCAGUGUUGGCAAUGGGCAGUAUAAGCUGUGCAGGGCAUUAGACUUCUACUUUGUCCUUCCUCCCUGGAUCUGAUCUUGAUUCCCUAAUUCUCUUUACUUCCCCUUCUAGAAAGUUGGGUCAGUACUCAGUUCCUCCUCCAAGUGGAGUUACCACCUGUGUUCUGAGGCACUAGGAAAACUUCAAAGAUGUUCUCAGAUCCUGCUGAAGUUACUGCUUCCAGCCUGCCACAUCUGCUUGUCAUCACUUGUCAGAGGUUACCAUCUCCUGCAGUCUGCUGUGGAGCAGCUCAUGACAGGGUCCCCCGCCUGUUCUAGUCAAACCGAGCUGAGAGACCCUUUGCUAACAAGCUUAAUGUCCUGAAAAAAUACAGUGUUCACAGGGGUGAGAUGAUGGGUAGUUUGGGUAGUCUAGGGAACACCAACCACCCCCAUGUGCAAGCUUCUUGGAAAAUGUGCGUCUGUCAAGACCUCAGGCUUAGCCUGUUCUGUGCUUGCAGCUAUAUAACUAGACCAUGAAGAACAUGAUGAUGCCAGAGCUAUUCACCUGCCUCAUGAGAUGUAAGGGCAGUACUGAGCUGGGAACCUACUGAUUCUGUAGUUUCUAUUUUCAGAGCUCUGGGCUUUUUCUUGCCACCGAUUAGGCAAUUUUUUUCACCCACACCUAUGUGCUUCAGAAUGUGGAUAAAAGUGUUGUAAAGCAGAAAUGAGGGAUUUCUUCCAAACACCCCUGCUCAGAGCCAAAUCUCAAGACUGCUGUUAAACUGAAAAGUUGUGCUUUUUCUAGUUCGUUUACAAGGCUGCCUGGGGCCUUGCUGCUGUCCCAGAGGUUGAUGGAUGGGAUGGGCUCAAGGCCUGCUCAGAUUCUCUUAUGUUCACUUUUAUAGUUUCACAGUAUUGAUAUUAAUAAAAUUUUGUACUAAACUAAAA